AUGGCUCCUCUAUUUCUCGGCCUCGAUCUCUCAACGCAGCAACUGAAAGCCGUUGUCAUUGCGGAAGACGCCACCCUUGUUCAUGAAUCGGCCGUUCACUUUGACAACGACCUUCCUCAAUAUAAUACGCAAAGUGGAGCAAUUCUAGGGCCUUUGGACGGAGAAGUGACUUCCCCGGUCGCUAUGUGGCUCGAUGCAAUCGACUUGCUCAUGGAUCGCAUAAAAUCUGCCGGACUUGAUCUGGGUGACGUUGUCGCAGUGUCAGGCGCGGGCCAGCAACACGGCUCAGUAUAUUGGUCAGAGAGUGCGGAGAGUUUGCUAUCAUCACUGGAUGCUACAUUGCCAUUGCGAGAACAACUUGCUCCAAACGCGUUCUCGAUUCAACGUGCACCAAUAUGGCAGGACUCUUCUACCGCAGAUGAUUGUCGCGCACUUGAGGAAGCCAUCGGUGGCCCUCAGAUCCUUGCUGAUCUCUCUGGUAGUCGUGCCUAUGAGAGGUUCACUGGCACACAAAUAUCAAAGAUACGACGCCUGGACCCAGCGUCUUACGCAGCGACAUCCCGCAUUUCUCUAGUCUCAUCAUUCAUUCCCUCUUUAUUCCUAGGACACAUCGCCCCAAUCGAGGUUUCUGAUGCUAGUGGGAUGAACUUGAUGAAUGUACUCAGCUGCAAGUGGGACGACCGCCUUUUAGAAGCCUGUGGUGGAGCAGAUCUUCGCUCCAAAAUUGGCCCAGAACCUGUGCCCGGUGGGACGAACCUCGGUAAGAUCAGCGAGUGGUGGACAAAAAGAUGGGGGUUCAAUCCAGACUGCAUCAUCGCACCGUUUACCGGCGAUAACCCUGCGACUGUGGUCUCGCUUUCUGCUCCAGGGGAUGCACUUCUUUCUCUCGGGACUUCGACAACCUUCUUGCUAUCCAUCCCGCCAUCGGACAUUCCUCCCAAACGGUUCACCACCUCCCAUUUGCUGUCGCAUCCCACUUCUCUUGAUGCUCAAAUUGCGAUGCUGUGCUACAAGAAUGGAGCUCUUGCGCGUGAACAAGUCCGCGACCGCUACUGCGAUGGCCACUGGCAUCAUUUCAACGAGCAUAUUGAGGCCACUCCUCCGCGCAACAACGACUAUAUGGGACUCUACUUCCCGCUUCCUGAGAUCAUCCCCCCCAAUGUCGUGGGCAACUUUUUCUAUCGCGUCCACGACGGGAAGACCAUCACCCCAGUCGACGAUCUUCCCAUCAAUUCGCAUGCAAGGGCUAUUCUAGAGUCGCAGUUUCUCUCGAUUCGGUCCCGAAUUGCGGCCAUCCUUCCUCCUCACGCCCCGCAUCUUCACCGCCUCGUGGUUGCGGGCGGCUCCUCGGCCAACCAGACCAUCCGCCAACUUGCAGCAGACCUCUUUGACAUGAAGGUUUAUGUCUCGAGCACUAAGGAAGCGGCUGGUAUGGGCGGCGCUUUAUUGGCGAAAUACGCCUGGUGGCGCGCGGCAAGAGGCGACACUGGUAGCUUCGAGGAGAUGACUGGCGGAGAGGUUGGUGCGCUUGAAUGCGUUGCGGAACCAAGACAAGAAGUCUCACAAAUAUAUGACGAGUUGGUUGAGAUUUAUCAGCUGUGCGAAGAGGACGUAGUUCAGCGCAGCAAUGCUUAA